AUGGGAGCGUGGAACAUCUUCCGCAUCCUGGGCGACCUGUCCCACGCCCUGUCGAAAUGCAUCCUCAUCUUUGCCAUCCACCGCAACCGCUCUGCCGAGGGCGUCUCGUUCAUCACGCAGGGCCUGUACGCGCUCGUGUUUUGCACGCGCUACCUCGACAUCUUCCGGGAGCACUCGGUGUGGAACCUGCUCUUCAAGAUCUUUUACAUCUUUAGCUCCUUUUACAUACUCGGCGUCAUGCAAUGGGUGUACCCGCGGUCGCGCGAGAGGGAGCUGUCGUGGAAGAUGGGGGGCGGCGUCUUGGGCGUGUCGCUGCUCCUGUCGCCGUUUGUGAUGCUCAUCUUUGAGCACGUCUGGAGCUUCACAUCGUGGUUGUGGGUUUUCUCACAGAUCCUCGAGUCCGCCUGUGUGCUGCCGCAGCUGCUCCUCCUGCGGCAGACGACCGUCCCCACCGUCAUCGACUCCUUCUACCUGGUCGCGCUCGGGUCGUACCGCGCGCUGUACUGCCUGAACUGGAUCUGGCGCGAGUUUGACGUCAGCGGACACAAGCCCAACGCCGUGUCGGUCAUCUUUGGCAUUAUCCAGACGGCACUGUACGUCGACUUUGCUUGGGUCUACUACACGCGCCAGCGCGUCAAGCUCCGUGGGGGCGGCGUCGUCGACGCGGACGACAUGCGCAGGGGCUGGCUCCUGCGACGCAUCUUUGGCAAGCGCGUCGAGCAGGCCGAGGACGAGGAGAGCACGCCGGCGCUCGGCGACGAGGGCAGAGGCGGGCGACCGAAAUGGGGCGCGCGAGGCAUCUCGGUGAGCGCCGACGAGGGCGUGCUGGAGGCGGACGGGCACCACCGCGAUGACGCGGACCUGGACACGGUGGACCCGGAUGCCAAGAUGCGGGACCCCGACGAGCUGGCCCGGGCGCUCGACGACGACGAGGACGAGGCCGGUGCGUCGUCGUCUGCUCCGAAAAAGACCAACGUCCCAGGAAUACGGAGCGGCGACGAGUGGAACGACUAG